UAGUGAAGUCAACAGAGCCUACACAAAAUUUCGUAAAUUUAGAGUAGUUCUAAAUAUAACCACACAUUUUGUGUCCAAGAGAGUCAUCUCUCUCUCUCUCUCUCUAUUUCUCUAUCUGUCUCUGUGUGAGUGAGUGAUUCUACCAUGGAACAGAUCAAGCACACCCAUGUAGAAGUCAGAGGUCUGAAGCUUCAUGUAGCCGAGAUCGGCUCUGGUCCUAAGGUGGUGCUGUUCUUGCAUGGAUUCCCUGAAAUAUGGUACUCCUGGAGACACCAGAUGAUCGCUGUUGCAAACGCUGGUUAUCGGGCAAUAGCCAUCGAUUUUAGGGGCUAUGGCCUCUCUGAGCGGCCUCCUGAGCCAGAGAAAGGAACCUUCAUGGACCUUGUCGACGAUGUGGUUGGCCUUCUCAAUGCUCUUGGCAUCAGCAAGGUUUUUCUUGUAGGGAAGGACCUUGGAGCCAUACCAGCAAACAUGCUGUCUGUCAUUCACCCUGACAGGCUUUAUGGGUUGGUGACACUAGGUGUUCCUUUCAUUUUACCAGGUCCGGCUUCCCUCCCAACCGAUCUCAUGCCUAAAGGUUUCUAUGUGACAAGGUGGGAGGAGCCAGGGCGAGCUGAAGCAGAUUUCGGCCGCUUAGAUGUUAAAACAGUGGUUAAAAACAUCUACAUUCUCUUCUCUGGAGCCGAGCUUCCUGUAGCUAGUGAUGACCAGGAGAUAAUGGACUUGGUUGACCCUUCAACUCCUCUUCCGCCAUGGUUCUCGGAGGAAGAUCUUGAAGUUUAUGGAUCCUUGUACGAGAAUUCUGGCUUUCGUUUUCCAUUGCAGGUUCCAUACAGGGCCUUAAAACUGGAUUGUGGAAUAAGUGAUCCCAAUCCCAAAGUCUCAGCUCCAGCACUGCUAAUCAUGGGUGACAAGGAUUAUGUCCUAAAAAUGCCAGGGAUGGAAGAGUUCAUAAGGGGUGGGCAAAUGAAGCAUAUUAUACCAAACUUGGAUGUAACUUUCCUCGCAGAAGGGAGCCACUUCGUUCAAGAACAAUUUCCAGACCAGGUGAAUGCACUCAUCAUCAGCUUCCUCAACAAAAAUAGCAUAUGAAGAAGAUGAACCCAGAAGGGUAAAAUAAAGGCUCAGAGCAAGUGUGCCAUAUUUUCUACGUCUUCAUCUCUCCCAGUGAAUCAGUGAUUUGUUUUCCUUUUGCUGUCUUUUGGUGAGAAAUAAUUCGUGAACACUGAACAGACUGUCAUGAUUCUAUCCAUCAAACUACUCUGUUAUAUCUUUUCUUUUCC